CACAUAAAACAGUAAGCCCAGAUUCUUGACACUAUAGAGUAAAAUUUUAGAAAUUUUCGAAAACAAUAUUUUUUUAUCGGUAAAAAUGAAUUUAAGUAGUAAGGAAGAAGUUGAAAAUUUAGUUAAAUCAAUCACCGGAAAAAUAGUUUUGCUGGUUUUGGAAGAUGAUGAACCUUCCAGUAAGCAUUUAAUGGACGUUGCCGAAAAUUUGGCAAAGGAUUUUAGUGACGUUACGUUUAAAUGUGUUAGUCCUGAGCUACUUGGAAAUUUAUACGAUGUAAAAUGCCUUCCAACAGUUUUAUUUUUCGAGAAUUCCUCGUUGGUGAACUCCCUCGAGGGUUGUGUCACUUCAGUUCUGGUCAAUUUUGUCAGAGGCUGGGCUUUUAAGACCCGGGAAACCACUUUGGAUAAGAUUAAACGAUUGUUGCGAGAACAUCCUGUAUUGUUGUUUAUGAAGGGUGAUAAGGCUGAGCCCUUCUGUCGUUUCAGUAGAGCAGUGGUGAACAUGUUAAACAGCUCAGGAGUUAGGUUUGAGGGUUAUAAUAUCUUCGAUGAUCCUAACUUAAGGGAAGAGCUGAAAACAUACUCGAACUGGCCUACAUAUCCCCAACUCUAUGUUAAUGGAAAUCUGAUUGGUGGUCAUGAUAUCAUUAAGGAACUCUAUGAAACUAAUACUUUAAGAAAGGAGUUUCCUCCUGAAUAUCUGACAUAAUCACACCCUUAUUAUAUAUACUAUGUAUCAUAUGAUAUGAUAUAUAAUGUUGUAAAGUAUAGUAUCUAUUAAUAAUAGUAAAGUAUAUUA